ACCGCCAUGCUACAGUGCACUCGGCAAAUCUUCGAUGAAAGGAGAGAGAGAGAGAGAGAGAGAGAGAGAGAGAGUCGUAGGGAACAGACACUAAUCGAGAGCAUGAGUCUAGGGUUCUUGGUAAAAAAUGGUUAGAGGCAAAGACGCCGACGGUCAACGGAGUCGAGACCGUCCGUCGUCGUCGCCGAACGGGUUCCUGUUUGGUCUGUUUGGAGCUACGGCAUCCGCGUUGCUACAGGUUGGACGGUUGCGGAGGGCAGUUGGAUGGUUCUAUACUCAGUUGGGGUCACAGUUGUCAUGGAAAGGUACAACUGGUGGUUCUUUCCGGUCAAGUUUUAAAGAGGAAGCACAGAAGAGGUAUAACCGUCGAAUGCAAGAGGAGUAUGAAGAGGAAAUGGAAAGAGUGGAGCGUAUAAAACGAGUGCAAAGUGUAUUUAACAGAGGGCAAAAUAAAUACAAAAGGACCUAUGAGAGCUGGAGGGAAAAUGGUUCGGGCGAAUAUCAUCACCACUUCCAACGGGAAGAUUGGUAUUGGAAGACUGAUAAAUCACACAGUCAACGUAGGACAAAUUUCAGGGAAACUCCUCAGGAAAGUGCCAGUUAUCUAUUAUCUCAUCACUACUCAGUUUUGGGUCUUGACAGGUUAAGAAAAGUACCAUACACCGAUGAUGAGAUUAAGACAGCUUUCAGGGCAAAGGCAAAGGAGUUCCACCCAGAUCAGAAUCAGGAUAACAAAGAGUCAGCUGAAGCAAAGUUCAAAGAGGUCAUGACAUCUUAUGAAGCUAUUAAGAUGGAAAGGAAAAACAACAAGCCAUGAACUAAAAACCAUGCUUCACUGAGGAAUGCAGCAUUCAGAAACAUCAGCGGUGAUGUUAUCCGGCAUCCCACUUGUACUUUAUUACUAGUUUCUAUAACCACAAUUAGCCCACUGCAGAAUUUUUGGUGCCAUUUUGACCCUCAGGGUUUUCAUGUUGGUAGUUUUAGGCUUACGUCGAGUUAGUAUCCAUUACGAGAAAUGCCAUUAUUUAUUUGAAUUAAAGAAACCUCAGUGCUCCAAAUAUAAAUACGCACAAAAGAAAAUUAAAGCA